CAGCCAGUGAAGAGCUGCAAUAAAUGAAGCUGGGUAUCUAGAGCUGAGUUGCAGUGCGCAUGCGCAGUGGGAUAGUUAGUUUCCAUAGCUCCGACCUGCUGAGUGAGUUGAUUCUUCAACUUCUGACUCACGUCCUCCGCUGACACAAAUCCAAGGGCACCGGAGCGUAUUUAUCCGGGAUUAGAGGUGCUUUUUCAGCUGUUUAUCCUCGAUGUUGAGCUUUUCAAUCAUGUAGAUUUUUACAUAUUUGAAGCACCUGCCCGGCUCACAAACUAAUCAUGGGAUAUUAAUCGAUGGAAAUCUCCGCCCGAAGCUUCAAUUUUGUGGUCGCUUUGCUUUUUCAGCAGGAAAAAUGAGCUGCUUCAGUCAGCGGUUGAGGCGCACGGCUCCGAUGCGAGGCAACAGCAGAAACGAGCUGGUGCCCUCCAAGCCUCCGAGGAUGAACGGAUGGUCGUGGCCGCCUCAAGCUUUCCAGGUGGUGGGGUGGCUGGCCUACAGCUACCUCGCCAUAGUCAGCUUCGGUAUCUAUAUCCCUCUUCUGCCUGUGCCGUGGAACCAUGUGACCUACGCUCUGAUGGGCAUCGUGUUUAUUGUGCACUUUAUCACCCACAUUGCUGCUGUUACUAUAGAUCCAGCAGAUGCCAGCGUAAGGGCCAAGCAGAGCUAUUCCAGUCCGUUGCCUUUUUUUGACCGGACGAAGCAGCCGCAUGUUAUCCAGGAUCUGCACUGUUACCUAUGUAAUGUCAAAGUUGGUCCCAAAGUAAAACACUGUGGCGUUUGCAACAAGUGCGUGGAAGACUUUGAUCAUCACUGCAAAUGGCUGAACACCUGUGUGGGUGGGAGAAACUACUGGUUGUUCUUUUUGGCGCUGUCCUCUGCUACGAUUGGCACCUUUCUGCUCAUUGUUGUGGUUUUGUUCAUAUUUAUUCAGCAUUACCUGGAUCCACACAGCCUACGCACUGCGCCACAGUUUCACAGUGUGCUGGGGAACACUACCUGGCUGGUCUUUUUACCAUUAGCUCCCAUAAAAACUAGUUCCGCUGGCCUCCUUAUAUCAGCUUUUAUAACCGUCAUGCUGAGCAUCACCUGCCUGCUGCUGCUCGGCCAUCUGCUGGGCUUUCACCUUUACCUCUUUUAUAAAGGUAUAAGCACAUAUGAUUACAUAAAGAUGCAGCGCCAGAAAGAAGCCAGAAGUCGAGACAGUGAAGGAGGAAGUCCUCAUGAUGCGAAAAGCCAUAACAAGACUCCACAGAGCCAAGCGGGCUCAAUUGACUGUGAGCCAGCAUUAUCGCAGAGCUCAAGUUCCUGCAAGUUUGACGAUAGAGGCCCACUGAGCAGCCGAAUAUCAGAAUCCAUAUGUACAGAGCUGGAAAACUUUACGAAAUCAGCCGAGAAGGAGAAUAGCUUCCGUUAUGGCACAGAAAAUCCCACAGAUAAUACAGACAGGGAAAUGAGUGAAGUAAAAAGCUGGAAACCCGUCGACGUUGAAGAGGCUCAGAGCUCCAGCGUAAAGUCUGUGGACGGCGUUCCUGGAGUCCAGGAUCCUCUGGGUAGCUCCAUCAUGACUCCAGAUGAUACUUAGCAGCAACUGAUGUCUUCAUCGCGGUGGGUCAGAAUAUGCUGCUCUCAGGAACAACUUGUUAUGAUUUUCUAUUUCAUGAAGGAUGUGUUGGACCUGGCACUAGUUUGAUGCACAUCAUGAGACUGUUUUAAAUUUUUAUUCUGUAUGCCGCCUCAAUAACUGUGAAUGUGUCAUUGGGUUUUGUUCUUUUUUAUUUUUGUACUGUGUUUUUAUGACAAUUGUUGAAUUAUGUAAAGCACUGUUUUAUCUUAUGUGGAGAGCCAAAGUCCUGCCCCACUGCCGGGCUAGUCUCUGCUCCACCAGCCUCAGUCAGAUCAGAUGUAUUUUGGCAUCUUCCUGAAGAUACGAUGCAACACUGGCGCUUAGUACUGCACUGAGCAUCUUGUUGCUCAUGCUGUAUCUGAUUGCCAAAGAGGGAACCUUACAUGGAAGAAUACUCUGUCUAACUGAAAGCAGUGGAGCAGAUACUUGCUUGAAAUAACACUUCAGCUCUCUGUUUCUGUUUUUAUUGAACCACAAGAACGUUUUAGCUAAGUUUGAUAGUAAAGACAAUAAAUAUACCAUGUUUUUCCUACUGA